CUCCAGCUUUUUCAUAUUAUUUGCUAUUUGCAAGAUUUAAUUAUAAACUAUGUAUAGCCGUUUUAUAAAAAUUGGAAGACAUUUAUGGGCUUCAGUAUGAAUUAUUUAGCCAAGGAUGAGACUUCUCAGGAACGGAUAUAACCUAAAGCGGUGGCUGGGUUUAGGCUUGUAUACAAACAAUCAAUGCUUUUUAUUUUCCACAUCCACUGUAGCACAAGAGAAGAUGAAAUUUCUUAACGUAGGAAAAAAUGAUGCUGCCAAGAAUAUUGCUCAGCAUUUAUCUCGAGGGACUUCUAGGAGGCGGGAAGGCCUAUCACAAUAUAACAAAAUUUAUGAAUUUGAAGCUGAAGUGAAUCAUCAGAAAGCAGACAUGGUCAUGACUUCUGUAUCAGGCCACCUCUUAGCCUUGGAAUUUGUGGGGACAUACAAGCACUGGCAAGCUUGUAACCCGCUCGCUCUGUUCGACGCGCCUGUGUUCAAAUACUGUCCAGAAAACUAUCAGAAAAUUAAGAGAACUUUAGAGAGAGAAGUCCGCAGCUGUCAAGGACUAAUAAUAUGGACUGAUUGUGACAGAGAGGGAGAAAACAUAGGUUUUGAAAUAAUACAAGUGUGCACCGCCAUAAAGAACAAUCUCCAGAUCUACCGAGCUAAGUUCUCAGAGAUCACCGCAGUGUCAGUGAGACGAGCACUGAAUAAUUUGGAGAGACCAAAUAAGAAUAUCAGUGAUGCUGUGGAUGUAAGAACAGAGUUGGAUUUAAGAAUUGGUGCUGCCUUCACUAGGUUCCAAACCCUGCGGCUGCAGAAAGUAUUCCCCAGUAAACUAGCAGACAGUCUAGUAAGCUACGGCUCCUGCCAGUUUCCCACCCUCGGCUUUGUGGUGGAGCGGUACCGGGCUGUGGAGAGCUUUGUUCCUGAACCAUUCUGGAAGAUAAAAGUGAACCAUACAAUGAAUGAUCUGAGCGUGGACUUCAACUGGGAGCGCAUACGUCUGUUCGACCAGGAGGCGUGUCAGGUGCUGCAGGACAUCUGCCAGGAGAGCCCCACGGCUAAGGUCUGCGAGGUCAAAACCAAGCCCAAGUCCAAGUGGCGACCGCUGCCUUUGGACACUGUGGAACUGGAAAAAUCCGCGUCAAGAAAGCUAAGAAUCAACGCCAAAGAGACCAUGAAGUUAGCCGAGAAGCUGUACACCCAAGGUUUCAUCAGCUACCCUCGCACGGAGACCAACGAGUUCCCCAAAGAGAUGAACCUAGCUCAGCUGGUGGGGCUCCAGACGGGACCCCAACUGGGGGGCUUCGCGCAGGGGAUACUGGAUAGCGGGGGCCCCAUGCCAAGGCAGGGGAAUAAGAGCGAUAAGGCACAUCCCCCGAUACAUCCGACUAAGUAUACUAAUUCCCUCAAUGGCAACGAACAACGUCUAUACGAGUUCAUAGUCCGCUCGUUCCUCGCUUGUUGCUCCAAAGACGCACAAGGCCAAGAGACCACCGUGGCUAUCGACAUAGCCGGGGAAAAGUUCACUGCCAACGGGCUCAUGAUCAUAGCCAGGAACUAUCUAGAAGUGUAUCCUUAUGAUAAGUGGUCGGCGAAGGAAAUUCACGUUUAUGAGGUGGGCCAAAUGUUUAACCCCACAAGUAUAGAUAUGGUGGAAGGCAGCACGCAGCCACCGCACCUUCUUACUGAAGCUGAUCUCAUAGCACUUAUGGAAAAACAUGGAAUAGGUACCGACGCAACUCACGCGGAACACAUAGAAACGAUAAAAAACCGGUCAUAUGUAGCGUUAGCCGACGCCAUACACUUUGUGCCCGGCCUACUCGGCAUGGGACUGGUCGAAGGCUACGAUGCGAUGGGACUCGCGAUCUCAAUAUCCAAACCGCAUCUGCGGGCGCAACUGGAGGCGGACCUUAAGGCUAUAAGCGAAGGCAGGAAGCAGCCGCAAGUUGUUUUAGCUGAACAGAUAGCAAAGUAUAAAGAAGUGUAUCUCACAGUAACGGGCGAGGCGGAUAAGAUCGACAGCGCCCUCGCGGAGCGCUUCAGCGAGCGCCCCGCGCCCUACGACCCCGCCGGGGCGCCGGCCUUGGACAUGCCUUCAGCGCUAAAAUGUCCUAAAUGUGGAUCCGAUAUGGUGGUCCGUCAGAAGAAAAACAACGCAGACGAGUUUUACAUCGGCUGCUUAUCGUUUCCCAAUUGUAAGAACGCCGUGUGGUUCCCCACCGUCGUCAGAGCCAUACAAGUAUUGAACGAUACCUGUACGACCUGCGGGCCAAACUACAAAAAGCUAAAAUUCGAGUGGCGGAAUAACUCAAUAAGCCAUCUAUACCCCCCUCCAUACACGGGCUGUAUCGGAGGCUGCGAUACCACGUUCCUCGAACUCAUGAAGAUUAACAUCUCCUGCGUUAAAGCAGGGGUUGAGAACAGAACACAAAACACUAUGAGUUCUAAUAGUAACCCCACAAGGACUAAUAACGUACCCAGGACGACGGUCGAAGUCAUGCCAGCGAGGCAAAACUGGAAUCAAAAUACCACCCAAGUCCGUGUUGCAAAUCAAAAUACGGUCGCCCAAGUACGUGCCCCAAAUCAGAAUCAAUCAAGGCCUACCUCUUUUCUACCUCCUCCUGCUAGUAGAAAUCAAAAUUGGCCGAACGCUGGGCCUAGAAUGCCGGCCCCGAGAAGUGGUGGGGACGGGCCGAGUGAUGAUAAUAAUGUGCAGUGCGGAUGUAAUAAUCCAGCUAUUAUACUGACUGUUAGGAAACAGAACGCGAAUUUUGGCAAACAAUUCUACAAAUGCGCCGCCGGACGAGACAACGGCGGCUGCGACUUCUUCCUCUGGGCGCCCGAGUCGCAGGCGCCUCAGACCGACACCCCGCCGCCCGCGCUCGCUCCCCCCGCCCCGCGCACGCCCGAUACUACGAGGGGGUGGGGGAUAGCGCCGAGCUUUUCCAGGGACAACUUCCAGCCGAAUGACGAUGGAGUGAAUUGUGAAUGCGGGCUGCCUUGUAAGAGGAUAACAGUUCACAAAGAAGGUCCGAACAAGGGCCGGCCAUUCUACGCGUGCCCUAAGGACUUUAACUCGCGCUGCAAUUUCUUCCAGUGGGCCGACGGCGGCGGCAGCGGGGGCGGAGAGUGGGAUGCAGCCCCAACAGCCCCAAUAGUGGCAAGAAAUCGAGGAAGAGGUCGUGGUGGUGGAGAAUGGGGCGGCUCCGCGACGACUAGCGCGCGCGGGCGGGGCCGCGGGGCGCGCGGGGCGGGGGCGGCGGCGGGGAGGAGGGCGCGCGCGGCGCGCGGCGCUGCGGCCUGUGCCGCCAGGAGGGACACACCAGGGCGCGCUGCCCUAACAAUCAUGGACACUGAAUACAGGACCAACGUCAACUGAUUCGCUGCAUGAAAACUACCAAUACAUCUCACGUCGAAACAGAAGUACGGGACGCGUUUUCGUUGAUGAAUUUUAACCUUCUGCGAUUCUUCUAAUGCUUCGGAAAAGUCAAGAAAGCCAUUUUGUGUCGGACAUUAUUUCAUGGCUCGGCCGAAAAAUUGCCAGUAAUAUUCUCGAGCUUUAUGAAUUUGAUUGAAGUAGCUAACGAAGGCAUUUAGUAAAAGACAUUUAGAGAGAGGGACAUUCUCUCGGAAUGCUCCAGUUACACGUUUCAGCUAAAAGGAGUACUGCACUGCGCUACACGCGGUUAAGCAUUUAAAUUAGCAAAACGUACUGCGUAUGAAGUACGCUACUGAGUGGACAGUAUAGUAAUAUCUAUUCAGUUGUUUAAUGGCAAAAAAAUGCAGCGGAAGGAUCAAAUUACUUUGACUAAAUUUGCCCAUGUCGUCUUCAUAUACUGUCAAAAUUGUUUUAAGUGCCAAUAAUUUUGUUAUUGUUAAGGGUUAUGUAUAUUUACGGAUAUAUCCAUAUUGUUGAAAACAAAACUAUACAUAAGUAAAGAUUUUAUUUAUUUUACAACUUCGUUUUAUUUUUGACCUAAACACAAUAUGGUACUUAUGAAAACUCUUGAAAAGCGAUAGACGCCAUCACAAAUGCAAACUAAAUCCUGGAGAAAAAUCUUUAUGUACAUAAAGCAUAAGACCCUUCAAGUUCAGGUAUAAACAGUAAACAUCACAUAUCCUUAUGUAGAGACAUAUCAACAUAAAAAUGUAAUGUGUAAGGCCUGAGUGACCGCUCGGAGCGGAGCGUGUAUCCAUUCUAUGCAACGUCUAUUCAGUCAGCGUAUAGCCGAAUGGCAAUCGUCGACGCCAGACGCCGACAGAAAUGUAGUCUAGCUCUGUCGCGCUAUUACGCAAGAGCGAUAGAGAUAGAUAGCUACGAAACAGAUAUUAUCGUGAGCGUUUGUGCAGUCGCGCACACAGGACACUUUAAUGAGCUUCUAUUGAUUGACAUGCACGCCCGAUAUGAGCGUGCA